AUGCGGCCACGCGUCCUGGACUACGACGUGCACUCGUGCUCAUCCUAUUCGUCCUCGUUCCUGCCAGGCAACAUCAAGAUCAACAACCCCCAGGACCAGUCCUCAAGAUGGUCCUCCGGAUCCAAUAACCAGAUGCAGUACGUCAUGAUUCAGCUUAAAACCAUGGCCAUUGCCCAUACCAUCACCUUUGGCAAGUACCACAAAGUACAUGUCUGCAACUUGAAAGAAUUCAAGGUCUUUGGUGGCCUGACCACUUCCAAUAUGACCGAGCUAUUGCAUACUGGACUCCGGAAUGAUAGUGAGCCGGAAACUUUCUUGCUGAAGCACAAGACCAAUUCGGUAGUGUUCCCUUGCCAGUAUAUCAAGAUUGUACCAUUGGUGGCAUGGGGCGCCAACUUCAACUUUAGCGUCUGGCAUGUCGAGGUGAAGGGUAUUCCAGACCCAGAAUUGGUGCAAGAAACAUAUUUCCAGUACAUCAAUUUCCGAGAAACAAAAUCAGUGCGACUUUGUCUCAAGCAUUUUAGACAGCGUAAACUACUGGAUGCGUUCAAGGCACUGCAGGAUCGCACUAAUAUCGAGCUAGAACAUCCGCUGCUGACAAUGCUACAUCAUGAGCUAGUCGUCAGAGGCAACUUCAAGCGAGCGGAGGAGCUGAUGAUAGAGGCGGCAGAGCGCGGUCUCUUUGACGACUAUAUCCGGUCUUACGACUAUAAGCCUAUGUGGAAGCGACUUCAGUCUAACAGCCAUCGCCAAGGCUUCCAUCAUCACCACCAUUCACACCAAGCCCAUGAUGAGGAAGGCCCUAGACAGCGGGGCGGACAUCAGAUGUGCAUUGAUACGCAAGGAGGAUAUGUCUACCUGAUGGGCGGUUGGGAUGGGGCGCGAGAACUGGCAGAUUUUUGGGCAUACCAUAUUCCGUCCCAGGUGUGGAUCCUGAUUUCUGCGGACACGUCAUUGCAAGGUGGUCCCAGCGCGCGAUCUUGCCACAAGGUCUGCUACAGCCCACAGCACCGUGCGAUCUUCCUACUUGGAAAGUACGUCGACCCAGACAACCGGAGCAAGGUUGACCUGAGCUCUGAUUUCUGGCGAUUCGAUAUUAACUCGGCCUCACCACCACACGGUCGUUGGACCAAGAUAUCUGGAAACACAGCGAUCGUGAAUGGCCCUGAAUUAAUAUACGACCACCAAAUGUGCCUCGACCCAGUAUCGCAAACACUUUACAUAUUUGGUGGAAGAGUGGUUCACCUCGAUAAGAACGUCCAGCAUUACAGUGGACUUUAUUCAUAUCAUAUCCCUUCAGGGGUAUGGCGACUUCUUCGCGCAGAUGGUCAACCUCCGCCAAAACAGGAUGGCGCUACAGUAUUGCGUUCACGUAUUGGACACUCUAUGCUGUACGACGAUAUGACGCGCAGUUUGGUGAUCUUUGCAGGACAGAUGAACAAAGACUACCUGUCCGAUUUCUACGUCUAUGACAUUGCAGCGGAUCGAGUGAUUGAGGUCUGCAAAGAUUAUAACAAGCAAGGUGGACCCGAGGCCGGAUUCACACAACGCGCCACCAUUUCAUCAAGAGGACGAGAAAUCUACGUCCUCUCUGGUCUCGUCAAGGAUAGAGCUCUAGGAGCUGAGACCGUCAAGAACAGUUUUUGGGUUUUUAAGCUGCCGGCCUAUGUUCUGAGCGACCAGGGAUCCUGGCAGAAGAUAUUCCAAAACUCUAGUCUUGAACUGGGUGAGCCAAGGGAGCUGGAACCUGUGCCUCGUUAUGCGCAUCAACUGGUCUAUGACGACGUGAACGAGGUCCAGUAUCUGUUCGGUGGGAACCCAGGUGAGCAGGGCAAUAUGACUAAGCGGCUAGACGACUUUUGGGAGCUUCGUCUGUACAGACCAAAACCAGAAGAAAUCGUCAGAAGGGCAAAAUAUCUUCUUCGAACGCAACAAUUCAAGGAGCUUUGUCGACGCCCAGAAGCCUCUGCAAUGACAAGUACCACCUUUCUGCAAACGGAGCUUAGCUGCGUCGUCGAUCAAUCCAACAAGACUGAAAGCGAUGACUUUAAAGCUCUCAUACGCGGUCUCCUGUUGGGUGCCUUCUCGCCUUCGAUGGGAGACGAGGAUUCGGAUAUGGAUGAUGAGGAGCAUGAUGCGAUGAUGAGGCCAUUUUUCCGUGACCGAACAUUGUUAUACGAGAAGUUGCUUGAUUUUUUUUCAGACGAAAUGAAGCAGCCCAAGGGCGAUUUGGUUGACCUUGUCAAGGUUGGCUAG